AUGCCCGAGCCAAAAGUAGAGUCGCCUUUCACGAUCGGUGCCUUGGGGAGCAGAGGCAAUGGGCUCUCAUGGCUCUCCAACUCUGGAAUUAUCAAGCUCAACCUAAUGCUUGUGCUUUUACAAAUCUCGAGUUAUGCAACAGGUUAUGAUGGGUCGAUGAUGAAUGGGCUGCAGUCUCUCACCAGCUGGAAAAACUCUUUCAAUAACCCCGGGGCUUCUGAGCUGGGACUUCUAAACGCAAUCCAAAACGUUGGUCAGCUUAUCACGAUGCCGAUUUGCGCUAUCAGUUGCGAUAAAUUUGGCCGUCGCCCUGUUCUGUUCGCUGGCGCCUUUGUUCUUUUAGUCGGCGUUGCCCUCCAGGCUGCGGCACAAAAUGUCGGAAUGUUCAUUGCAGCUCGAGGAAUUAUUGGAAUGGGCCUCGUCCUGAACAUCACUGCAGCGCCACUCCUCCUCUUGGAAUUGGCUUUUCCUAGACAACAGGGACCACAGGUGGCCAUCUACAACAGUCUGUGGAAUUUGGGUGCUUUGGUUGCCGCGUGGGUUACCUACGGCUCGUUUCGCAUCAAUAGCACAUGGGCAUGGCGGCUUCCUUCGCUCCUUCAGGGCGUUUCCAGCGUGCUCCAGAUUGGACUCUGCUUCCGGAUUGAGGAGUCACCCCGAUGGCUUAUCAGUAAGGAGCGUGAUGAUGAGGCAAGAAAGCUCAUUUGCAAGUAUCAUGCCAACGGGGAUGAUUCCGAUCCUUUAGUCACGCUGGAGAUGGAGGAGAUUCGCACUGCCAUCCAGCUCGAGCACGAGGCAAGACGCACCACCUCGUACAUGACGUUUUUCCAAACCAAAGGUAAUAUCAGACGAUUCUUCAUUAUUCUUUGCGUGGGAUUCUUUUCACAGUGGAGCGGCAAUGGUCUCAUCUCGUACUACCUUACACUGAUCCUCAACUCAAUUGGCUACACAUCGGAGAGCACCCAGACCCUCAUCAACGCACUUCUUACACUGUGGUCAAUGAUUUGGAGUUUGGUAUUUGCCGCUGUAAUGAAUCGAUUUGGCCGGCGCACUCUCUUCCUGAUCUCCACCGCAGGUAUCCUGGCCGUCUAUAUUGUUUGGACAGCUCUCGAGGCUACGUACGAGAAGCGGACUGCGUUGGACGGAAACGGGGGCGACGGCUACGCGAAGGGCGUUUUGGCCAUGAUAUUCCUAUACAAUUUCUUUUACUCCGUCGGCUGGACGCCUCUGCAAGUUACCUAUUGCAUCGAAAUAUUGCCUUUCGACUUGCGCGCCCGAGGUCUCGUUUUAUAUAACCUCUUCGUCGCACUUGCUGGUAUUUUUAACCAAUACGUGAAUCCGAUCGGCGUCACCAACAGCACGUGGAAGUUUUAUAUUACUUACGAUGUCUGGCUGGCCUUUGAACUUGUGGUGGUCUACUUCCUCUUUGUGGAGACCGGCGAUCUCAGUCUGGAAGAAACUGCGGUAAUCUUGGACGGAGAAGAGUACGGCAACAAAUUGAUUGGAGUCGCUCUAUCUACAGCCGAGAUGAAGAUUGACGAGAGUGCAAAGGUGCAGGCAACGGUCACCAGUGAGACAGUACCGGAGAAAUUAUAG